AUGCGCUCAGUAACUGGGACAACUUUCCUCCUGUUGGUCUCUUCUCUCCUUCCUCCUCUUAUUGGGUCCACCACAGUCCGCGAAUUGGAAGCUGACCAUUCUCCGACGGCACUGGAUGAAGGCAGUAUCAACGUGCCGCAUAUUUCGGCGAGUGAAGAGGUGAUGCAAGAUUAUGAGCCAGUGGAAGACGAUAGUUUCCUCCUGCAGGCACGCUAUACCCAGCCGAGACGGAGGCGAAGGGUGUGGUGGCUACCGCGACGUCGCCGCAUAAUUCCUGGACUGCCAAAUUUCUCCAACCUCUUCUCAUGA